UCUUCCAUCAGAAAAACAGAACAGGAAUUGCAGUUUUAGAAUCAAUGGAAAAAAGGGCCAAGAAAACAACUCCUUGUCCUGAUGGAUUUUGAUCCAACUAAAAGCAAUGAUCCUCUCAAACCCAACCAAAACCCACCAUUUCUGGCGUCUCACUUUUUUUCAACAAUACAGAACUCUCCCCUUCAACAAACCCAAAGCCAAACCAAGACAUCGAAGAAAGGGUCACAAAACAAGCUCGAGAAAUCGCAAUGAUGCACCAUUUGUGAACCAUGUGAAAGAAGCACGAGACCCAGAUGAGGCUUUAACUCUAUUUCAUGAGUAUCUCCAAAGGGGGUUUAAGCCUGACUACCCUUCAUACGCUGCUCUCUUAUACAAACUCGCACGUUGCCAGGAUUUUGGCGCUGUUGAGGAAGUUCUUCGUUAUGUGGAAGAUAAUAAUGUUCAUUGUCAAGAAACCAUUUUCAUUGCUUUGUUUCAACAUUACGGAAAAGCCCAAUUGGUCAAUAAGGCUGUUGAGCUUUUUAAUAGAAUGACCCGGUUUAAUUGUGUCCGUACAUCUCAGUCUUUGAAUGGUCUGCUUAAUGUUCUUGUUGAUAAUGGUUGGUUUCUUGAGGCCAAUGAGUUGUUUGAUAAGGGUUAUGAAAUGGGGUUCCGUUUGAAUUCGGUUGCUUUUAAUGUAAUGAUUAAAGGGUGGCUCGAGAAGGGGGAGUGGGAGCAAGCGAGCAAGGUGUUUGAUGAAAUGCUUGAGAGGAAAGUGGAACCAAGUGUUGUGACGUAUAAUAGUCUUAUUGGGUAUUUGUGUAGAAAUGGUGAGUUGGAUAAAGCAAAGGGUUUGUUAGAGGAUAUGAUUAAGAAAGGAAAAUGUCCCAAUGCGAUUACGUUUGCUUUGUUAAUGGAAGGUUCGUGCUUGGUAGGUGAGCAUAAUGAGGCUAAAAAGAUGAUGUUUGAUAUGGAAUAUAGAGGGUGCAAACCUACAGUUGUGAAUUUUGGUGUUUUGAUGAGUGACCUUGGGAAGAGAGGGAAGAUUGACGAAGCAAAAUCUGUGCUUCAUGAAAUGAAGAAGAGGCAUAUGAAGCCGGAUGUUGUCACUUACAAUAUUUUGAUCAAUUAUCUCUGUAAGGAGGGUAGAGCGGCUGAUGCUUAUGAAGUUUUGUUUGAAAUGCAAGUUGGAGGUUGUGAAGCCAAUGCUGCUACUUACAGAAUGCUGGUUGAUGGGUUUUGCCGGGUUGGGGACUUUGAGGGAGGUCUAAAGGUUCUGAAUGCAAUGUUGACAAGUGGGCAUUUUCCACGUGUUGAAACUUUCCGUUCUUUGGUUGUUGGCCUUGUGAAGUCUGGAAACCUUGAUGGUGCUUGCUUUGUUCUGGAGGAGAUGGAGAAGAGACAGAUGAUGUUCUGUCCAGAUGAUUGGGAAGCUCUUGUCACGGAAUCUUGUCGUGGAGAUGAAAAUGGAAGUGUAGGUGAACAUGUAAAUGAACUGGUCUUAGCCAUGGAAGCGUAAUUAGGGGAUAAAAAACUUAGUUUAACACUCUUGGGACUUUUAUCUAGCGUGACACAUUUUCUGUGAAGACAUGGUUUCAACUACAAACCAGUGUUUAGGUAUGUUCACUGAUUGGGUUUGCAAGUCUGACGAGUAAGGGGAAAGAAUGCAGGAUUUUACAUCAAUGGCAAGCCAAAGUAAUGUCCAAAGACUAGACACAUAUUGGUUGGGUUCUUAUUCCAACACAGAAAGGGCUGACACUUCCCCAAUCUUUAUAAAUGUUUUGUUAGCUACUUGAUGUCUGAUAAAAUGUUUGAAGAGAUCGAGAUACAGAGACGCAUAGAGAGAUGAUACAAUUAAUUGGAGAGUUUGUAACUUCUGUUGAUUGAUCAUUAUCGAAACCUAAUCAAUUAUUCAGCAGUGUAUGGGAAAAAUACCAUCCAUGAAGUUCUACAGCUGCAUGGUUCCAUUUUUACUGGAGACAUGAUAGCACGUUGUCAUGUAACACGAUGCUGCAGUCAAUAAAUUACUCUUCUUUUCCCCA